AUGUCUCUGCUGACCACUGUGCUGCUGCUCUGGGGUAAGACGUCCUGGGACCUAAAACCUCUCUGGGCAGAUGGCACCAGUGAAGCUAUCCUACGGCUAGACCCUCAGUCCCUGCUGGAACCCUGGGCAAACCUGACACUGACCUGUGAGGCUUCCUUCCCUACCAAGAGCUUCCAGCUGAUCAUGAAUGGAUGGCGCCUGCAUCAGGUCAACCUUCAAAAGUAUGUUCUGUCACACCAGUUCCCACUGGGGCCAAUUACAAGUAGCAACAGUGGCCUCUACCGCUGCCGAUACGGCGUGGAGCCCCCAACUACUGAACUGAAUGAGCUGAACAAGUGGACAAUGCUAAGCAAUCUUGUAGAGGUGACAGGGACAGAGCCCUUGCCCCGACCCUCACUUUCUGUUCAGCCGGUGCCCUGGGUGGUCCCUCUCCUGGGAACACACCUGCGGUGUCACUCUGCACUGCGGGGUGUAACUUUCAUGCUGAGGUUGGAAGGAGAUGACAGUUUCCUGAAGGAGAUCACAGCCCAAGACAAGGACCAAGCCUGGUUUGCAGUCUACAAACCCGGCACCUACAGCUGUAGCUACCGUACUCACGCAGAAGGCACACCUUCUGAGCCCAGCGCUCCUGUGAUCAUCAAGGCCUACACCAAACCGCCUCCGCCCAUUCUGGAUUUUUUUGGAAAUUACCCACAAGUCAAGUUCCAGACCACACUUGAGAUCCUUGCCUGCAGAGCUCCUAUGAAUGUACAUGACUUCCAACUCAGGCGGGGUGAGAGGGUGCUAAACGUUCGUGGGGUCAGCCCUCUCCGAGAUCUCAUGAUCUACCACUUGAACUUUACGGAACUGGAGGACCAGGGCCCUUUUACCUGCCGCUACCGUAUCCACAGAAAGGUGGAGGGUUGGUCGGAAGACAGUGAGCCGGUAGAGCUGAUGUGGAGUGAUGAGACACUACCGGCCCCCGUGCUCACCGCAGAGCCGUCGAGUAAGAACCUUGAACCUGGCUCCACCGUGCGUCUUCGAUGUACUGCACCCAAGGACGGCCUCCGUUUUGGCCUACAACGACAGGGUGACAUAAUAGAGGAUCCCCUGAUCCAGAUGCUGAAACCGGCUGGAACCGAAGCUGUCUUCGAGCUGCACGAUGUCUCAACAAUAGACUCUGGCAACUACAGUUGUGUCUACAUGGAACAGACACCACCCUUCUCGGGAUCCGCUCCUAGCAAGAUCUUGGAGUUGCUUGUGAAUGGGCCACCACCUAAGCCAAAGCUCGAAGCUCUGUGGACAGGCAAAGUGCCUCUGGGCCAUGAAGCCAAAUUUCGCUGCCAUGGCCAUGUGCCCAAGGUCAGCAUGGAGCUGGUGCGCGAGGGCUACCGUUUACCCUUCUGGAUGAGCUCAGCAAUGAGAAGCACCUGGGCUGAGCUGAAGCUGCCCUUCGUGGGUCCCCAACACACAGGCAACUACAGCUGCCGCUAUACCGCCGAGUCACCCUUCGAGUUCGUCUCAGGGACCAGCGACCCUGUGGAGCUGAUAGUAGAAGAUAUCUGAUGCGGGUGCAGUUACGGGGGAAAAAAUGAUGUCCUUGGAAAAGGUGGAAGAUCGGGAGAAUUCCCAUUCCUCCAGCUGUAAGAUGCCUUCCCUUGAAUCUCUCUGGACUUAAUAA